AUGGGAACCAUCUUGUUCAGGCUUUCCCUUCUAAUCCUCUGCUUCUGCUGCCUCAAACUUAACCCCUGUAGUGGAGCAGAUAGAAUCACUGCAACCCAAUCACUUUCAGGCGAUCAAACCAUCGUCUCGGCAGGUGGAGCCUUCGAAUUGGGUUUCUUCAUGCCCGGGAAAUCAGAAAAUUACUACAUCGGAAUUUGGUACAAACAAGUCUCCCCGCGGACUGUAGUUUGGGUAGCAAACAGAGGCUCCCCUGUUUCCAACAAGUUUUCGUCCGAGCUCAGGGUUUCUCUCAACGGGUGUCUGGCUCUGUACAACAGCUCAAAUGUCGAGAUUUGGUCCAACCGUGUAAGCUCUGCCCCUCACCAUUCCGUUCAAGUUGUACUUCUCGACGACGGAAAUCUUGUCCAAUUACCUAAUGGGUCCUCUCCAUUUCCCCCCAAUCCCCCGCUCUGGCAGAGCUUUGAUGAACCUGGUGAUACCUGGAUUCCAGGUAGCAAGAUUGGAUUCAAUAAAGUUACGCAACGAGAUAUCUCUCUGACUUCCUGGAGGAACAUAGAAGAUCCUGCUCCAGGUCCCUUCUUACUCAAGCUGGGGUCAAACCGGUCGAUUGAGCUGUGGAAGUACUAUUGGCCUGGUCACGAGUGGCAGAGGACAUUGAAUUUCAUGAACCAGUUUUCCUAUUUCGAUAAUCAGAGUGAGACUUGCUUAACGUAUUCUCAACACAAGGGCUCCCUGAUUUCAAGGUACGUUCUAGAUCCCGGAGGCCAGAUUCAGCUGCUCUCCUGGCAGGAAUUCACCAAGCGAUGGCUUGUAAUCUGGAGGCAGCCUGCAUUUCUAUAUGAAAUUGAUCGUUAUUGUGGUCCAUAUGGGAGCUUUACCGGGGAAUCAGGCUCCUCCCCCUGUCGUUGUUUGACGGGGUUUGUUCCCGCGUCUCAGGUUGAUUACGGUUCCGGGGCCUUUUACGGUGGCUGCUACAGAAGUUCCCCUCUUCGUUGUGACAAAACUGACCGGUUUUGGCCCAUUCCUGUGGUGCGCUUGCCUGACAAUGCUCGGAUCUCAGCAGCUGGAAGUUCAAAGGAAUGCGAGACAUCUUGUCUGAGCUCUUGCAGCUGUACAGCUUUUUCUUACAAUGGUACUGAAUGCUCAGUUUGGUACGUUGAUCUCCUGAAUAUGCGGCAAGACGUCCCAAGUGGACAAACCAUCUGCAUUAACCUUGCAGCCGAGGAAUUCCCAAGUUCGAACCACAAGAAAUGGAUUGAUGUUAGUUGUGUCAUGAACCAGUUGCUCCCAAUAACUCGAGUUAUUGGGAGAAGGUUAUGUUGGAUCUUAUACAACUAUCUAACACGCCCCCUCAAACGAAAGCCAACCUAUGGGCUUGAAGUUUGCACAUGCCCGCCAUACCAUGUGCUUGAAGACAACGGUUAA